AUGGAAGAGGAGAAGAAAAAUUUUGGAGUAAAGUGGAACUUCAAGGCCCAGACCGUGGAAGAGAUGUUGAAGAUGGGCUACAAGGAGACGAAGACUCGCAUGACUGCGGAUGCCUUGCAGUUGGUGACGGAAUUCCUGAAGGUGUUCGUGUGUGAAGGGGCGAUGAGAGCAGCUCAUCAGGCGAAGACCCAGAAUGCUUCCCAAGUGGAAGGAGAACACUUGGAGAAAGUUCUUCCCCAGCUCCUUCUCGACUUUUAA